AUGCAAGGACCAGGUUCUGGGUCUGGUAGUGGCACCGGGACUCCCCCUUCCGGAGGUGGGAACGUCAACAGCAAUCCCUUUGGGUUCGGGACCUUUACCGCCAUCGACGAAGACAGCCCACUGAACAGCCCGUUCUCCAGCGCUCCUGCCAGUCGGAGAGGUUCGUUUGCCCACCCUCACCAGUCGGGACCCAGACCCGCCAUCGUCCGAAGGCGAGAUUCUGCCAAUUGGCAAGAAGGCGCCAUUGACAUUACCGGAGCUCCUUCUUUGCUCUCUCGAGCUGGAUCGCCGACUCUGCCUUUGAUGACAACCAAGACCCGUUCGGCGGCUUCUUCCCGUCGAGGUUCCUUCGUCGGGACCCCUCAGGGGGGAUUCGGAGGUCUGGGGGGACAAGGGUUCGGGAUGAGCGGGAUGAACGACCUGAUGAACCGGGAAAAGAAGAAGGGAGAGUUUGUCGGGAGCGUGGACUGUGGGACGACGAGUACGAGGUUUAUCGUCUUUGACCAGUAUGCGAAGAUCAUCUGUGAACAUCAGAUGGAGUUUCAGCAGUACUACCCUCAUCCUGGCUGGCACGAACACGAACCCUACGACCUGGUCGACUCGAUGAACGAAUGUAUCGCCCAAGCCAUCGAAAAGCUCGAAUUCCUCGGGUUCUCCGCUAGCGAUAUCAAGUGUAUCGGGAUCACCAACCAACGUGAGACCGUCGUCUGUUGGGACAAGACCACGGGGAAACCCCUCUGCAAGACGGUCGUCUGGGACGAUGCCAGGACCGUAGGAGUGGUCAGGGAGUUUCAGAAAAAGCUGGACGAAGAGGGGUUGCCGUUUGGCGACAACGAGGAGGACGAGAGGGAUCCCAAGGAGGGCGGGGGUUAUUUCAAAGCGAAGAAGGAGCAGACGGGAGAGGGUACGGCCGAAGAUGGAGCUCAAGCUUUGGCGGAAAAGUUGAAGAACGGACUGGGGGUGGCCGAGCAGGCCAAGAAGGAAGGUGGUGGUGAUGACGGCUUGCCUACGCCUACCGUCAUCUCGGACGUGGCAAUCAGCGGCGGCAAGAGGCGGAGAAAGGGGAAAGAGGCCCUGGUCGACAUCACCGGUCUGCCGUUGUCGACCUACUUCUCAGCCAUCAAGCUCAAGUGGCUAACGGACCACCAUCCUGAGGUCCGCAAAGCGUUCCAGGAGGAUAGGCUUGCGUUCGGGACGGUCGACAGUUGGUUGCUCUACAACCUGACUGGCGGGGUCGACGGCGGCAUCCACGCCAUCGACUGCACCAACGCCUCGCGAACCCUGUUGAUGUCGCUCAAGACUUUGCAAUGGUACCAACCGCUCAUCGACUUCUUCGGCCUCAAGUCGUCCAUCUUGCCCAAGAUCGUCUCGUCGUCCGAAGUCUAUGGCAAGAUCGCCUCGGGACCGCUCGAGAAUGUGCCCAUCGCCGGGAUGGUCGGAGAUCAGCAAGCUGCGUUGGUUGGAAACAAGUGUCUCAGUAAGGGACAGGCCAAGAACACGUACGGAACCGGUAGUUUCGUGCUUUUCAACACUGGGCCCGAUGUCGUCAGAAGCAAGAACGGGUUGAUCAGUACCGUUGCGUACCGCUUGGGAGAUCACGAGGCUCCCACGUAUGCCCUCGAAGGGUCCAUUGCUGUGGCCGGAUCCGCUAUCAAAUGGCUUCGUGACCAGGUCGGUCUGAUCGACGAGUCGGCCGAGAUGGAUGCUCUAUGUUCGCACGUCAAGGACACUGGUGGAGUCUACUUUGUCACCGCGUUCAGUGGACUGCUGGCACCGUACUGGGACCCCAAUGCCGGUGGAAUGAUCGUCGGACUCACGCAGUACAGUACCGCGUCACACAUUGCCAGGGCUACCCUUGAGGCUGUCUGCUACCAAUCUCGAGCCGUUCUCGAUGUCAUCGAACAGGAGUCGGGAGUUCGUCUGGACGAGUUGAAGGUUGAUGGUGGUGUUACCAACUCGGACUUAGCAAUGCAGAUCCAGGCCGAUAUCGGCGGGUUCCGGGUCUGCAGGCCACACAUGCGAGAAUCGACCGCUCUCGGCUCGGCUCUCUUGGCCGGUCACGCUCUCAAGCUGUUCGGCUGGGACUUGAGCAAACCCGAAACGCUUUCGGAGGUCAACAUGCAGGAAGCCAUGUACUUUGACCCCGAAUGGCCUGAAGCCAAGCGACGCAAAAACGUCAGGGGAUGGGAGCGAGCCGUCGAGCGGGCUCGAUCGUGGCAUACUGCAGAAGAGGAGGACGAAGCCGAAGCCGAAUUUGAGAAGGAGGACCAUUACGAAUAG